UUUAACUGGAAACACAUCGUUUGUGACGAAACGUGUAUGGCAUCUCCGCCCCGACGAUUGUCUUCUCUCUUAUAUUCUCUCCUGCCCUCCUCUCUCGCUCCUAUUCCUCUCUUCCACGCAUUACCCAUUUACCCUUUGCUUCUUUCUUCCGUAUUCUCUCCCUCUCUCUCUCGUUCUCUCUCUUCAUCCAUGGCUCCAGAACUUCAACAAGACGGAGAAACUCUGCCCCAGAAUAACAACACUUACGCUAGUGACCAUGAAGCUCUUCACAAAACCAAAGUCACCGUUGUGGGUAGUGGCAACUGGGGCAGUGUGGCUGCCAAACUCAUUGCCUCUAAUACCCUCAGGCUCUCUUCUUUCCAUGAUGAAGUGAGAAUGUGGGUAUUUGAGGAAACGUUACCGAGUGGUGAGAAGCUCACAGAUGCCAUCAACCGAAACAAUGAAAAUGUGAAAUAUCUGCCCGGCAUAAAGCUGGGGAAAAAUGUUGUUGCAGACCCAGACCUUGAUAAUGCAGUGAAUGGUGCAAACAUGUUGGUGUUUGUCACUCCACAUCAAUUUAUGGAGGGUAUAUGCAAGAGACUUGUAGGGAAGAUAAAAGGGGAUGUGGAAGCUAUCUCCCUCAUCAAAGGAAUGGAGGUCAAGAUGGAGGGCCCGUGCAUGAUCUCUACACUCAUCUCAGAGCAGUUGGGCAUUAAUUGUUGUGUUCUAAUGGGAGCAAACAUAGCUAAUGAGAUUGCUUUGGAGAAAUUUAGUGAAGCCACAGUUGGAUACAGAGAAAACAGAGCGAUUGCAGAGAAAUGGGUUCAUUUGUUUAGUACUCCCUACUUCAUAGUCACACCUGUGAGUACAUCAAAUACAUUGUUACAAAUCAAUGUCAUAAUAAAGUACUCUUACUAUCAUGAAACUUGGCAUGG